AUGGGCCAACAAGGGAGCUUGACGCUCUGGCGGGAACUCGUCACAUGUGGAUGGGCCUGGAUCGUUGAAACGGUGGCCAAGCGCCUAGGUGUGCUCACCUGGUGGCAGCUUCCCCUGGAAACCCCUGGUGGGACGGCCACUAAAACGCCCCGGAGCCCCUGGCAGCCGCCCAUCUUCCACGGCGAGAGGAGCCGAGACCCCACUCGGUGCCGCCUGUCGACCUAA